AACAGAUAUAUAUGACAAGUGAUACGUCAUGUGGUAUUUUAAUGGUUUAAAAAGUAUAACAAUUAUAUUUUAUUGCGCUGACUUGAUAAAUAAUUUGUUAUCAUUGUCAAUUGUAAUGUAUUAGUCAAUAAAAACGUGGCAGUUUUCAAUAUUUUUUUUAAUUAUAAAAAUUUCAAUUGUUAUUUUAAGUCAAAAGUAAAAGUACGUGACACUUGAAAUAAAUGGAGCAGCAUAAGUAGUUAAUAAAAAACUACAAUUUAUUAAUUAACAAUAACAAUAAUUGUUUGUUUUUUUUUUAUUUCAAUUGAAAUAAACAAUUGAUAAAAUAUUUAAAAAUCCAUUUUUUGUGUGAAACACAAAUUCAAAUUUAAAUAAUAUAACAUAAUGAUGAGGUGACAUUUACUUCUGCAAUGCGGAAAAAGUCAAUUGGUUUAUUGCUGAUAUCGUUAUUGGUAUGGGGUAUCAUUACAUACUUCCUUUUUCUUAGCCGGACAACUGCCAAUCGAGAUAAGAAUGUACUCUCGAAUCAGAUAAACAGUUUAAAAACUCAAGUUCAAAGGAAGAUUGCCGAUAAUCAGAUACUUUUAAAACGUCUGAUUGAAUUGCAACAAAAAAAAUUAGAUGAAUUACAAGCAGCUACGACUGUCAACAGUUUACCUGAUGACUCAAUAAAUAAUUUAAAUAGCAGUUAUCUAGUGGGUUCGACUGUUAAAUUAAAAACAGAGGAAGAAAUAAAACGUGAAAAACUAAAAGCAUUGGCAGCUAAGAAAUCGUUAGCAAAAGACUUGCCGAUAAUUGCUGUACUUGUUAUUUCUUGUAACAGAAUAACUGUUGAAAGAUGUUUGAAUCAAUUAAUAAAAUUACGUACAAAUGCUGAACAAUUUCCGAUAAUUGUAUCACAGGAUUGUGAGCAUAAACAGACCGCAGAUAUUAUCAAGUCAUUUGGAGAUCAAGUUGUUCAUAUACAACAACCAGAUCAAUCGGAUAUUGAUAUACCACUUCGAGAAAAAAAAUUCAAAGGUUAUUUUAAAAUAGCACGUCAUUAUGGUUGGGCAUUAAAUCAAAUUUUCUUUGAAUUUGGUUUUGAUACCACGAUUAUUGUUGAAGACGACUUGGAUGUGGCUCCAGAUUUUUAUGAAUAUUUUUUGGGAACUUAUCCUCUAUUGGUAGCCGAUAAAUCAUUAUGGUGCGUUUCAGCAUGGAAUGAUAAUGGUAAAUCUGGACUAGUUGAUGAGACCGCAGCACAUUUGCUUUAUCGUACGGAUUUUUUUCCUGGUCUUGGUUGGAUGCUUACUAAAGAUUUGUGGCAAGAAUUAUCAGUAAAAUGGCCAAAAGCUUAUUGGGAUGAUUGGAUUCGUCAACCGGAGCAACGAAAAAAUAGAGCUUGCAUCAGACCAGAGCUUUCACGAACCCGAACGUUUGGAAAAGUUGGCGUUAGCAAUGGACUAUUUUAUGAAAAACAUCUUAAAUAUAUUAAACUCAAUGAUCAAUUUGUGCCUUUUACUAAAAUGAAUUUAAGUUAUUUAUUAAAAGAUAAUUAUGACAUUAACUUUGUAAAUCAAGUCUAUCAUUCGACAGUUGUAAGUUAUUCAGAAUUAAAAAGUGGUAAUAUUGUGACACCUGGAUCUGUUAGAAUUCCGUAUCAUACGAGACAGACAUUUAAAAAUACCGCUAAAAUGCUUGGAUUGAUGGAUGAUUUUAGAAGUGGAGUACCAAGAACUGGUUAUCGAGGAGUAAUAACAUUUUUUUACAAUAACAGACGUGUACAUCUCGCUCCAAAUACUAAUUGGAACGGUUACGAUAUAAGUUGGAGCUAACACAUGAUUCCAAAUCACAGUCAAGACCUUUAGAUAUAUAAUAUUUUAAAUAUUAAUGUUUGUGUUUUUAUUUUAACUUUUUUAGAAUGAAUGAUAACUAAUGAGUUUUUAAACUAAGAAUAUUUUAAAAACGAGAGACUGGAUCUUGAUUUAUUCCUUUUGAAAUCAAGUAUUUAGUGAUAGUUUAACAGAGUUGAUUAAAUUAAAAUAAUAAAAGAGAGAGAAUAGGAAAGAUAAUUAAUUAAAAAAAUAAUAAUUCACAAUCAAUUAAUUCGUACCUGGCAAAGUUCUCCAAUACUCCAACGUCCAGUUGGAAAAAGCCAAAGGGAAAAAACUUUGCCGUGAUCGAAACUACCUCCCAGUAAUAAAAAAGAACAAAAAUAUUUAAAAAAGACUAUCUAGUUAGAUGAGAAAGAAACAAGUCGAUUCCAUUAUAUAGUUUAUUAAAAAUAGUUGAAGCUUUUUUAAAAAAUUUAAUACAAGUCCAAAAUCUUGUUUAAAUUUAUUUCAUAAUUUUAUUUAUGAGCUUGUUAAAUUUUAGAUUUUUCAAAUUUUUUUAAUUCACUGCUUAUAUGUAAAUAUAUUUUAGUGCAGUUGUAUAAAAAAAAUAAUAAUAAAAAGAUUACAGUGAAUUGAUAAAAAUGAUUUUUCUUUUUUAAAUUUAUAUCAAUAUUUAGCAAUAAAUAUUAAUAUUUAAAUUAUAACCGGUUGUAAUUAUUUGUAAAUUUUGCUAAUUAGUUGACUUAUUAAUAGAAAAUAAAAUUUAAAACGCAACAAA